UUCUAGGUCCAUCUGCAGCCAGAGGGAUCAUGCAGGCCCUCCUUGCCAUGAUGGCCUGGAUGGCUUCUUCCGUGUCUAGUGCUUCGUAUACAGCAAGUACUUUGCCAGAUAUAUCAGAUGAGGAUUUCAUCAAAAAAUGUGUUCAAAUUCACAACCAGUUCCGGUCCAAAGUGAAUCCAACAGCCAGGAAUAUGCUGUACAUGUCUUGGGACCCAGCACUAGCCCGAAUUGCAAAAGCAUGGGCAAAAUCUUGUCGAUUUGCACACAACCCACAGCUGAAAUCACGGCUGCACCCGAACUUCACCGUAGUGGGGGAAAAUAUCUGGACUGGAUCUUUAUUCCUCUUUUCGGCAUCUUCAGCCAUCUCAGACUGGUACAAUGAAAUCAAGGACUAUGACUUCAGCACUAGGAGAUGCACAAAUGUCUGUGGCCAUUACACUCAGGUUGUUUGGGCAGAUAGUUACAAGGUUGGCUGUGCAGUGCAAUUUUGCCCUAGAGUUUCUAACUUUGAAAGCCUUUCUAAUGGAGCACAUUUCAUAUGCAACUAUGGACCAGGAGGAAACUACCCAACGUGGCCGUAUAAGCGAGGAACCACUUGCAGUGAUUGUCCAGAAGAUGACAGGUGUCUCAACAAUCUCUGCAUUAACCCACAGAGAGAUGCUGUCUCACGUUACUACUCUGUUGACUAUCCAGAAUGGCCCAUAUAUCUACGUAACAGAUACACAUCUCUCUUUCUCAUUGUUAAAUCAGUACUUCUAAUACUGUCUGUUAUAAUUACCAUUUUGGUAAAGCACAAAUACCCUAACUUAGUUCUUGUGGACUAAUGCCAUCAGUGGGGGACUACUUAUUCAUAAGUGGCUAUUUUAAAAUGUUUAAUAGAGCCUUAGAACUGCUGAGUUUCCUAAGUCUACAAAGAGUAAACUCUCCUUUCUACUUGAUGAAUAAGGACUGUCGAGGCUGCCACAGCUAGGCUUUCAGCAAUGGACUUUGGUAAUUAUUAUAAAUCCAAUUGCCCUCACAGCUCCCAGGUUGAGAAUACUUGCUGCUCUUGGGGAGUACCUGUGUUGGAGUCCCAGCACUCACAUGGUGCCUCACAACCACCUCUAGUUCCAGGGGAGCCGAUGCCUGCUUUUGGCCUCAGUGGACACACUGCAUACAUGCAGGUUAGACGCC